UUUGACGAGGCAAGUAGGCAAGCAAGGCGAACAACUGUCGUUGAAAAAGGCAGAAAAAAGUGGAAAGUUUAAUUUUUUCCUUUAGGAAAAUUAACGCAAUUUCGGCCUAUAGAAAAGAAGACUAUUUAUAAAUUGUGUUAUUAAAAAGUUUAAAACUUUUGUUUAAAGAAUUUUGACUGUUUGGCCGCUGAAAAACAAUAGAAAGUGUGAGAGUGUUUCCUGAGUAAAAGUCAUCUUGCGACCCAGUCGUUUUUUUGCGAUAGUGACUGAGCAAAUAUAGACAAAUAAAAAGGCCAACAUAAAUUUUCGGUCGAUUGUAUUUCAAUUAUUUUAAUUGGAAAAAACAUUAAAAACAAUAAGAAGUGCUGAAUUUGUAAAGAUUUUUGAAAACUAUAUAAAAAAAGUGUAAACGUGUAUCUGCGAGUCUCUAGUUAGAGUUGAAGUAAAAAACACCGCAAAAAAGACUGCAUUGUUGUUGUACACACAAAUUUUUCUUUUUUAAUUUUCAUUAGUUUCCAUUGUUCAAAAUAUUGCUACUAACAUUUUUUUAUUGCGCAAAUUGAAAUAGCCACUAAAACAAAAUGAGUGGCGGUAUGCCGGAGCUGGGUUCGAAAAUCAGCCUUAUAUCUAAGGCUGAUAUUCGUUACGAGGGACGUCUCUAUACAGUGGAUCCUCAAGAAUGUACAAUUGCAUUAUCAAGUGUACGUUCGUUUGGUACCGAAGAUCGUGAAACACAAUUUCAAAUUGCACCUCAAAGCCAAAUCUAUGAUUAUAUUCUGUUCCGUGGUUCCGAUAUUAAGGAUAUACGUGUGAUCAACAAUAGUCUACCACAUCCCAAUGAUCCGGCUAUUAUGCAAGUACAAUUGCCCAAUGGACAACACGUGAUGCCACAUUUUUCAAUGCCAAGCAUGAAUCCUCAGCAAGUACCUCCAAUGGGAACAACUGGUACAUAUGGUAAUCCCUUUGGUACUAUGAGUGGCUUAGGAGCAAUUGGAGGCACUGGUGGAGCUGGUGCUGUACCAUCUUUAGCACCUGGAGCUGGUGCUCCAGGCCCAUUUAUGAUGGGUGGUAAUCAACAACCUGUACCGCCACAAAAACCACCACAAGGCCAACAACCACAAACACAAAAACAACCAAUUUCCGUCAUAGACAUGCUGGCUGGUGCUUCACGUUCAACGACGCCCAUAAGUCUUAUUUCUCGAAAAAGUCCUUCGGCUGAUAUUGGUGUACAGGUUAAUCAAAAUCAACAGCAGCAACAGCAAACACAUCAACAACAGCAGCACCAACAACAACCACUUCAUCACAAUAAUCAAAACCAACAUCAACAACAGCAGCAUCAACAUCCGAAUCAUCAGAAUAAUGCUGGCCAUGGCGGUGGCGGUGGUGGUCAAUCGCGUGAUGCUGGUCAUAAGCGACAAAAUCAUCAAAAUCAACGUGGCGGCAAUCAACAGCGCAACAAUGAUAAUAACUAUCGUUCCGGUGGCCGUAUGAUGGAAAAUUACAACAACAUGAAUCACUACAAUCAACGCAAUAACCAAGGUGGUAAUCGCAACAACUGGAAUACACACCGUGGUAACAUGCCCAACAACAAUAACAUGCGUAAUCGUGGCGGUGGACCACGUCCCAAUAUGCGUAACAUUAUGAUGGGCUUUAGAUCAACAAGUGGUCCCGGUGGCAUGCAGAAACCUCCACGUAAUCCCAUCAAAUUUGAACAAGAUUUUGAUUUCGAACAAGCGAAUACCAAAUUCGAAGAACUUCGCUCUCAGUUAUCAAAACUUAAGGUGGGCGAUGAACCCAAAUCAGAACAGUGUUCUUCGCCUACUCCCACUACUUCACAGAUGAAUGGUGAAACUGAUAAGAAAGAUGAUUCUGGUAAUGAAACUGGAGCUGGUGAGCAUGAACCUGAAGAGGAAGAGAUUACUGUAGGCUACGACAAAACCAAAUCAUUCUUCGAUAAUAUCUCCUGUGAAACUGCACAAGAUCGUGCAAAGAACAAGAAUUAUGAUUGGCGUCAGGAACGCAAAUUAAAUAGUGAAACAUUUGGUGUUUCAUCCACAAGGCGUGGAGGUUAUCGUGGACGUGGCAACUAUUACAAUAAUCGUAAUAUGGGCAAUUAUAAUAAUGGUGGUGGUUACAACAAUCGCGGCUAUCGUGGCAAUAAUUAUCGUAAUCGCAGCAACAAUCGCAGUAAAAUGCAUAACAAUCGUGAUGGCAGCACUUCAAAUGGUGGUGUUGGCGGCAAUACCAACAAUAUUACAAAUAAUCCUACAGCCAACAAUAAUAAUGCUGCUGCAAAUUUAAAGAAUCAAACGCAACAACCUUCAACUCCAGGUUCAGCUACAAAUCAUACUGCUAAUAAUACAACUCCAGCGACCACAUCAAAAACGGUGUCUUCAGGUUUACAAGAGACUAACAAUCAACCACAAAUGGCUGCAGUUGGUGCAGGCCAAUAAUCUUUUGUGUUGAUAUCUACAUGAGAUAAGUUCAAAAAAAUUCAUUAAACAAGAAAAAAAACAUCAAAAGGAAUUUUUAUAACAAACAUAAAAAAGUACAUUUUGAGUAUCAAAAGUAUUUUUUUAAACUGCUGACGUCCUUCGCUCCCAUCUACGAAAAAUUUAAAAAUACAAAAAAUCCAAAUUAUAUAUACAUAGAUGAAAUCAUCAAGUACAAGAAGAACAAAACUGAAAACUGGAUAUAUAAAUAUUAACAUUUUUCCAUAAAUAUACUACUAAAUACUUUAUACACAGCAACUAUUCAUUACCACUGGUGUGAAUGUCAAAGAAGAAAAACAAACAGAAAUCAUAAAUUAUGGGUCAAAAAGGCAGCACACGAAGAAUCAUUUAUAUUAAACACAGUAACAAAUCAAGAAAGGAAAGAACAUAAAAUAAACAUUUUAAAGAUGUUAGCAUAAAAUAGAUUUAGAGAAAACAAAAACAAAAUGAAAGGAUAAUAAGUAAUAAUUUAUAUUUGGAAAAAAUGAAAUGAAAAUUUAAAAAAAAAACAAUGAAAGAAAAAAUAUCCCCCCACACACACAAUACUGAAGAAACUAAUUUAGAAAAGGAAAUUGUUUGAAAGAUAUGUAAUAAAAAGGCGCUUUAAAAAAUUAAAAAGGUAUACAAUUUUUUAAUGUAAUAACGAAAAGAAAGAGAGAAAGAAGUACCACUAGAGAGAGGGGAGUAAAAAACGUUUUGUUUUCUAAAGAUUUUGAUACUUUUUAGGAAUAAAAAAAAAAAAACAAAACAAUUUUUUUUUGUUGUGGAAGUGGUCGAGUUGCAUUUAUUGGAAUUAUAUUAAAAAAUAAACUUUAAUGCUGAUGAAAAUGAAGAUGGUGUAUGAAUAUUUAUAAAAUUAAACUAAUUUGAAAGUGAAAAAUCACCUUAAACCUAAUUCUUUGAAUGAACAAACAAAAAUAUCUAAAAAAUAAAAAUUGUAAAAUUGAAACAAGUUUUUUAUAAAUGCGUACAUACCUAAUUAUAUAAAUAAUAAUAAAAAACUACUUUGAAAAAGAGCAUGUAUAAUUGGUUUUCACAUGAUGAAAGAAUGUAAGAAAAAAGAGAGUGAGCUUUGGAGUAGUACUACAACAACAAAUAGUUUAAUAAUUAAUUAGAAAUGUUUAUUAUUUUAAAUUAUAUUAUUAUACACACAUAUAGUUUAAGUUUAUCAUGUCGCAACGACUUAUGAUUUUUUCCUAAACAAGAAAAAACACAAACAUUGGACCUCAAUACUAAAGUACUAAAGAAACGAAAUAAAUAAAAACGAAUUCGCCAAAAAACGAUAUUCCAAAAUUUUGUAGAAAAAAAAUUACAAUAAAAUUCAUAGAAUUUUAUUCAAACUUCUGUUUUUUUUUUUUAAUAAAUAGUAAACCAUUAUUUUUUUUAAUAAACUAAAAUUAUUUUAAAUCAUAUACUUACAUAUAUUUUUUAAUUUAACACAAAUUGUCUAAUUAUGUUAAAAAUUUAUUAUUAAUUAAAUUAAGCUUUAUUAUUUGUUUUACUAUUUACUAUACAUACAACAUACAUUUAUAAAAAGCCACUAAAACUUGUAAAAUUGUAAGCCCCCAACCAACAAACCCAAGACUUACUUAGAGAAAAAAUAUUUUAAUUGCCUUUUUUCCUAAACAAAAACCAAACACCCCCACCUCUUUUUAUAUUAUAAAGCAAAUUCCGGUCUCUUUGAUUUAAAAUCAUUCUAAGUUAAAACUAAGAUAAAUCCUCAAUUAAAUUUCAUGGAUUUCAACAAAUAAAAAGCGCCAGUGUUAAAAUUUUUUUGUUAUUUAUACCUACCUACAUACUAUAAUAAUUUUUUAGGUUUAUUAUUUACAUAAACUAUUCUCUACCUCUCUCUCCUCCCCCUCUACAUUUGUUUUAAAUGUUUAAAAGAAAACCUAACGUAUGUAUACUAAAAUAAAAACUCCACAACAUUUUUUUUACUCAUCUUCUUAAAGUAAUUUUUUUGUAUUACCCGCAAAAAUAAGCUCACUCUCUGUUAAAUUACUACAAGAGAAAAAAAUACCAAGAAACCAGAAAAAUUAUUAAAAUUUUAUUAUAUAAAUUUUAAAGAAAGCAUACAAAAACAAACAAACAAACACAAAAAUAUAUAUACACAGAAAUAUGUAUUUUGAAAUUAUCAUUAAAAUUUAAUAAAUAAAGCGAAAAAAAUUAAAUCAUUGUCAAAAAUAAUAAAACAAAUUAAUAAUAAAUAACAAAUUUGUGUAGUAUAUAAAAGGUUUAUAAAAGUUUUAUCCUUAUUAUUAAAAUUAAAGAGAAUUAAAAAAAAAACAACAUAA